CUUCGUUACUAGACACAUGAAGUGACGCAGACGUCUCAAUCUCAACUAUUCGCUCUCCUCAACUCUAUCCAAACUUGCGUCAUGUGUUGCUGAUGGCUUUGUUAUUAAUUGAGCUGCUGGCGUUGUAUGAGAGAGUUGUGUGGUAGUUGGGGUUGUGAUUGCGAGGCGUGGGUCAUUUCGGUGGACAUGAGCAGCGCUCACGGAUCAUCCAGGAUGCGAGGCCACAGUUCACACAAUUUGGGCAGACAUCUCGCUCCAGAGAAACCCCAUGAACUAAUUCCAGAUUAUUAUGCCAGCUCGACGGGCAUAUCCAAUUGGAAUGGAUUGCAACUAAGUGGCAGCGCUUGUAACAAGAGUACGAGCUUUUUGGAGAGUGGUCUGUCUUUGAACAUGUCGUAUGGCACGGUACCGGGAGGCAGAAGGAGUUUGUCUCAUUCAAACUCAGGAUCUCAGGGGUGGACGUCCGGCACGGGCAGUGAACUGUCGUAUGAUGAUGUAACGAAACUACGCUGUCAAAUAGUCUAACACAUGAGUGUGCGUGGUUCUGGUUUGUACGUCACGUGCGACCUCUGGGGAAUCAUUUCGUCCAUCUCCACUAACAACUAGAGGUUUAUCACCGAUUGCUGACAAAAUUUUUCCUUUCUGUUCAUUCCAAUAGCUCUCAAUUGUUGGACAUAGAGAAUGUCUUUGUACUUGAUAGAAAGUGGUUGUUUUGAUGUGUUGCAGAUUGAACGAUGUACAGAAAAGAGCAAUUUUGCUGAAGUUGUUGCCAGACAAAAGAAUUGAAGAUGCCAUCAAGACAUUGUUAACAAAGAAAGGGUACCCAUUUCUGGAGUAGCAUCUCUUGGAACUGCUCCAUUUGCCACUGUGGCCUUGGAGACAUUUCCACUGGAUGUUCAGUGUACACCCUACGUUAUUCUUUUUAUAAGAAAUUGAUGCCUGGCAAUUUGGUUGUCUGCAGAUUUUGCCCAGAAGCUGGAUUAUACAGUCAACAUCACACACAACACGUUGUUCAUUCACAGCUUCUUCAGGACUAUUUUCUAGCCUGCUUGCUGUCAAAAACGAUUCAGAAUUGUUGCCUAUGAUAAUAGAGGUUGGAUAAUAAAUUAUACAAUACAAUGAGA